AUGAUGAUGACGAUAACGUGGAAGGGACGCGGUGGAUGGAUGAGAGCUUCCCUUUCGCUCGACGUCAGCAGCCAACGACAGGCGAAGCACCCCCAGCAGCGCUUAUUCGGAGCCUUCAGUCAAUCAGGGACAGACUGCGAGCUCGGGAGGUUCUCAGCUGGAUUCUCGCAAUCACAGUCCCUGUCGGCCAUGUCUGCUGCUGCAAGGUCACAAACCGAGCCAACGACAAGUGGCCUCGAUAAGCUCUCGUCAGCAUGCUACACGAUACCUUGGCGACCAAAAAAACGCUCAAAAAAGUCUGCUUCGAGCUCAGGCGAGGCUCGACCGGAUUCUGGACAGCCUCAUUUUCCCGUGCUUACUGAGUUCGAAGCCGACAGCGACCCGGCUCGUGUCCGCUACGCAUCUUACCAGAUCGCCGUUCAGCGAACAGAGGCAAUCUUCGAACGAUGCAUGGACAACGUCUAUGGCUCGCUGUUUGGUGAUUUACGCACCUUCUUCAAGGCACAACAAGAUCCGACGCACCCGGAGGAGUCUACCCUGGCGCAUGUUGGGGUUGCGAACGAAGGUCUCUUUCUUCCAGGUUUCGAAAGUUCCGAUCAGGCUCAGCCAAGCACAAGCAGGGCGGGAGGCUCUGCGACAAGCAUUCAAACGGCUCUCCUCAUAUCCACCUCGGCACCUUACCUGUCCACGUUUUCAAAUCGUCUCGUUUCUCAGAUCUCGAAUGCAAGCAACGAUGGACCGCCGAGCAUUGUCGUGACUCUUUCCGCAAACGAGUGCUCCAACUUGUAUACCGCACUGCGACUCCUGGUAGCCCGCUUUGUCGCUCAAGGAUCACUGAUCGACUCGUCGCAAGAGACGGACCUGGCUGACGUCGAAGCAGCAGCUUUCGCGGGCAAAGUCGAACCGGAUCUCCACGUGCUCGGAACGUGGUGGCAGAACAAGUUCGCUCAUCUGCAACAGCGUCCACGGUUGGUGCUGAAUCUGCCCACGAUCGAGUCUGUUGAGCCAGUCGUGCUCUCAGAUCUGCUGUCGGCCUUGCAGACCUUCAUCGCCGAGCCGUCGAGCUCGACGUCCGCAUCUCGAGAUGCAAGUCAGGCAUCUUCGACGAGGCCACAGCUCUUGCUCGUCUUGGGCAUCACUUCGCCAUCGGGCGGCCUCGCCGCCGUUUCGGCGGAUGGAAUCGGCGCAUCGAGCAGCUCUUCCGCCACAUCAGCACCGGCGCCAUGGAUCGAUUACAUCCCGCGUCAAGUGCUUCGCGUUCUCGACAUCUCACGCUUUUCCUUGCCGAGCAAAGAAAUCGUCUGGUCGCAACUCGUGCAAACGUUCCUCACAUCUCGAGAACUUCCCCUCUCGCUCGGACCAACUACCUUCGAGUACAUCAGGGAAACCUUCUGGGAGAGAGACGCCGACCUCGACUCGCUCCUCGAUGCUGUCCGUCUGGCCUACUUCAUCCAUUUCUCGGGCAAACCCGAGUCGGUCUUCACGAUUCCAGGACAGGCCAAGCGCGUGCGAUUCUUCAGCUGGACACCCAAGAUGGUCGAACGGAUGAAAAUUGCUUUUCUGACCACAGACGAGUCCGGUAACCUCGUGCUGCCGCUCCUGGCGGACCCCACGCGUCCAUCGAAUCUAGACGUCAACCGCUUUCUAGAGGAAGCUUCCCGCUCAGACCAAUUCAUCCUCGGAGAGCUCGACCAGCUGCGUCAUCCGCGCGAAGUGCUUUGCUUCCGGGUCGAGUUUGCGAUCCGCUUCCUCUUUCGAGCGUUCGAAGCACUGGUGCGGAUCCAGAAUCGAGCUAGCACAGCAGCGCAGGCGAUGCAUGCCCGCAAUGUAUCGGUGGCAGCGCAGCAGGCGGCAGAGAUGGACGAGCAGAGGCAGAUGGAGCGCGCGAGCGAGAUUCUGACUCAGGUGGUCAUGCAAUGCUUGAAUGCCUCGGUGGGCUCAUUGGAUGCAAGCAAACGACCACCGGCAGCGCUGACGUUGAGGAACGGUCUUGCGAGGCUUUGCAAUGCCGCUCGUAGGCUGUUGUCGGACGAGUUUGAGACGCUGUUGGAUGAAAUGGUGGCUGCGGCCGAGGAUGAAGUGAGGAGGGUUGACGAGUUGUUGGGUGAACAGAGCGAUGUAACGGAAGAGCCGGAGAGCGGUAAGCUCAGAUCGGCGGCGCAUUCCAUCAGCAGUCAGAGCGCAUCGUUCCUCGCAGGGCUUCGGACUUUCCAGCAGCGACUGGCUCAGACCAUCGUCGCCGGUACCGCAGGCUUGAACAACGACGAAGAUGCCGAGAUCGUCUCUGCCUCUGCAAACGGUACCGAAAACGGCCAAGCAGCCCAACACAAGAGAGAAGCACGUCUUCAACGGGUCCAACGAAAACUUCUCAUGGAAGAGAAACUGCUCGGUCUCAAACGCGAGAUCACCGACUGGAUCGUCCACUCGCUCCACGCUCUCGUCGACUGGAAGCAGAUCUCCCGCAGCUUCUCCUCCGGUGACAGUGGACCUCUGCACCUGCUCCGCGAUAUCUUCUGGGUGGAUUGCUACAGCCCGCUCUCCACCCUCUUGGAUCCAUCAACGCGUGCAGGUCUGACCCUCCCGCUCUCGGCACCCGUCGAGUUCGUCGAAAGCCUCUACGAUGCAGCAUUGAGCGUGGUCCCCGCCGACGAACUGGGAGAGAUCGAGUUGGAACAGUUGAAGCAAUUGCAAGAACCGGACGUGUGUAGGUUGUUUCAGCUGUACCUGGAGUGCGGCAAGUUCGUCAAUCUGGCCGAUUGGUACGAUGCUUUCAAGCAGACGGUGGAGGUCGACAGGAUUGCGGAUCAGGCGACACGCGAUCUGCAGCAGGAAGAUGAGGCACAAACACCUUCAACGGACCGAGGCGAAGGUGAAACGUCAACGCCGAGGAAAGGAAAGCGGGCAGUUCAAGAUGAUGACGACGUACUGGACACUCCGUCGAAACGACCGCGUGGUCGGUCAAAGGCUGCCGAUGAGGUGAAGGAGAGCACAGAAGCCGAGUUGCAGAGUCGCUUCGCAUUAGCGCUCAACGAGCUGGCCCGCAUGGGUAUGAUCCGCGGCACAAGACGAAGGCAAGAACACAUCACCAAGGUCAUGUGGGAUCUCGUCCCGGAUAGCUUCUAG